AUGAAAUUGAACAUCCUCGUAGAAACCAGCUUAGAAACGCCGACCAUCGUGUUAACUGGCCGCGGUGUCGAGAAAACUCUGCGCAUCACCGAACCAGUUAUUAAAUUCUUACCAGUGGUCCCUUACACGCAUGUACAGGACGCGAUUUUCACUAUUGAAAAUCCGUCCGAUUAUCCAGUUGAAUUUUUUUGGCACCACUUAGAUAGCUCGUUUCAGAUGGACGAUCGGGUCAUAAACACUUUACUAAAUUAUUAUCGCGCCGAGGAAAUAUUGCUACCACCUAAACAGGCUGGAGAACCGUUACCCGCGAAUUUAAUAAAGUUUUACAACGAUCUCCUGGAUGAAAUGGCUCGAGUUCAAUCGAUCCGAGGAUUAGUGGAGGAAGAACACACAGAACGCGAACAUCGCUUAGAUGAAGACGCUGGUUACACGGGGAGUCUGCACGACACUUCAGACUUCCGGGAUAGAAUGGGAGACCCCGUGAAAGAACUUUUCGAGAGUAUCGAGCGGAAAUCCGGCCCGCCGAAUGAUCUUCCGGACCCUGCGACGCCGGAGAAGAAAGUCUGCAUUAUUUUCCACGGAGCUCCCUUCACCGAGUACCAAGAAGCAGCGUGCAGAAGCGCGAGAGCGUUGCGAGUCCCCGUGCUCUCGAUCGACAAGGCGAUCACGGAAGCCGUAGCUCUCGGCGAGAGCGAAUAUUCGAUUACGCUGCGACAGAUCAUCGACAACGCUUAUCAGAAUUACGCGGAAGCUCACAAGUACGUCCAGCAAUUUCGAGUAAUCCUUCUUCGACUGCGGCAGGAGCCAGACCCUUCGACGGAAUUGAAUAAAAUCCCCGAUGCCGAUAGGCUAGAGGCGCUGGAUCCUUUGAGUCGAUACGAGUACAGGAUUCGGGCCAUUCUGCAGCUGGAAAGGGUCCUGGGGAAAGGUUACUCGACCGUGAGCAACUCGCCUAAGGAUAAAGACACUCCGAGGACGGUUAACAGAAGCGGCAGAAGAAAUUCGGAGCCCGGUUUCCUGGGAAUUAGUUCUGAGAUAGCGAUCGGAGCACUGGCGGAACGGCUCUCCGCGGAGGACUUUAAACGUGGCUUCGUCCUGCAGUCGUUGGAGAACAACUUGCUAUGCAAUAACGCCGUCGAAACUCUGCUCGCCGUGCUGAGGAUCGCCGGCCACGCGGAGUACUUUCUGUUCGUCACGUUCCUCAACUCGAUCACCAAUUAUAAUUGUAAAGUGGACCAACUGCGCGAGGAGUAUGGCCGUGAGACGGUUCCGAAGGAGAUCAAGGAUGUCACCGACGCCAUGAAUCAGUAUCGCUCUGACCUCUCCGCGAUCCUGGACGUGAUUCGGAAUUGGGAUCCUGUUAAGAGGAGUCUAGAGUUGCCCACGGCAAAAUCUAAAGCGUCCAAAGGCGAUAGAUCUAAAGAUGGAAGCACUGUUGAUAACCAAGUGAGGAUAUUGCUUGGAAUUGUAUAUUCUGGAUUAUGGAAUAUAUGA